AUGUUCUCUCGUUCUAGGAAUGCUAAGCCACUCAGAACGGCAUCAAUCAAAUUCGUCAAAGGUGGUGAGAACCUUGAUAUUGCUAACAACAUAAUGAAUGUUGAAAAUCAAUUUUCGAAAUCUCCAAAACCAGUAAGAACAAGGAAAUCCCAUACAAUAAGCAAUAAGAGAAGAUCAGCCUCAAUUGAGAAGAUCUUUGAAAAGCAGAAACAAGUCACUACAAAGCUAAAAGAAGAUCUUCAAAAGCAUCUUGAAGAAUUGAGAUACAAAGAGCAAGUUUUGAGGAAUAAUUGCCCAUUGUCACCAUCAGAAUUACCUCCUCCACCACCGCCACCACCUACAUCUCCAAGGAAAGAAUACGUUCUUGUUACAUCAAGAACUAAAAAGGAAUCACAAACUUUGAUGCCAGUAAAGAAGAUUGAUGGCACAAAUUAUUACGUAACUAUUGAAGACAUCUCGAAUGUCAAAACUGGGCUUCGCAAAGUCGAAAAAGAGCCACCAACUCCAAAACGUAAAUCAGAUGAUGAUAUCUUGGAUUUAUUGGAAGAUAAACUCACACAGAUCAGAAGCAACAAUUUAAUUUCAGAUGAUGAAUGCAUUGAGGAGUUAAGCGAAGAAAGCGCAGAUUGGUAA